AUGGCAGACUGGCAGAUCAUUGCCACUCACUUCCCGCCCGAGCAUGGCGUCGACGAGUGGCGGCGGCUCUCCAAGAAUUAUGGCGUGGACCUGCUCCUGACCGCUCACCGACACGUGCAAGAGGUGCAUGUGGAUGACGAAGCCAACCUGCUGAAACCGACGGCCUUUGUGGUGAGUGGCGGGGGCGGCGGCAUCACAUCUGAGGCCAUCCCUUCCGAGAACGGCGAGGACGACCAGUACGGUUUCAUGGACCUGACGGUCUCCAAGCAUGAGAUCAAGAUUACAGCGGUGUCCCAUGGCGGGCAAAUCCGGAAUAUCAAGUGCCUGACACAGCGGCUGCCAGGCGACGACUUUACACAG